AUGUCUCGUCUACUAUGGAGUCUGGCCAUUCUCUUACUAGUGGCGAGGUCGGUCAUGUCUGCACCAUCAUGCACGGCGGUUGUAAACGAGGUGCAAACUUGCCUCGGCUUUCUACAGGGUAACGGCCCAUCUCCGGCUUGUUGUUCGGGCGUUAAGGACCUCAAAAACAAUGCCAAAACCAAAGCAGAUCGGGUUGCAAUUUGUAACUGUAUAAAGAAUGCUUUGUCUAACGUUAAAUAUGAUCCCAAGCGCCUAACUCUUCUUCCCCAAAAAUGUGGUGUGAACUAUAAUCUGCCUCCAAUCGACCAAAAAUACGACUGCUCCACGAUUCCCAUGGAACGUGUACUUCAUGCUAAGGCUCAUAAAAAUUUCUAG